GCCCCCGAGAGGUUCCCCGGCUUCUGCCUCGGGGCGCCGGGCUCGGGGUCGUUGCUGCCCCUUCUCCAAGUCCUCCGUAGCCCUUGCCCUGGCCAAGGCUGGCGUCCACUCCCCUCUAACCCUGCGUUGCACAAUGCCGGGGCAAAGUCCCCGAGGGUGUGAACCCGGGUGUCCCUGCCCCUGGGCGGGGACGCGCGGCGGCCGUGCGGGCAGCCGAGCCGGCGAGCGUACAGUCAGCGCCAUCCGCGGGCCCCGACCCCGCGAGUACCCCGUAAGCAGCCGCAGGCCCCCGCGCCACUGGGCUCCGCCGCCAGGCCCUCCCGCCGCUCCCCUCACAGGCCCGCGCCGCCGCCGCAGCCAUGGCGGAAGUCCAUAGACGUCAGCAUGCUCGGGUUAAAGGAGAAGCCCCCGCGAAAUCCUCCACACACAGAGAUGAGGAGGAGCUGGGGAUGGCGUCGGCCGAAACGCUGACCGUGUUCCUGAAGCUGCUGGCCGCCGGCUUCUACGGCGUGAGCUCCUUCCUGAUCGUGGUGGUGAACAAGAGCGUGCUCACCAACUACAGAUUUCCCUCUUCGCUAUGUGUUGGACUUGGCCAGAUGGUGGCCACAGUGGCAGUUCUCUGGGUGGGAAAGGCACUCAGAGUAGUCAAGUUUCCUGACCUUGACAGAAAUGUACCUCGAAAGACGUUUCCACUACCUCUACUAUAUUUUGGGAACCAAAUCACGGGACUGUUCAGCACAAAGAAACUGAACUUACCAAUGUUUACAGUUUUAAGAAGGUUCUCCAUCCUGUUUACAAUGUUUGCUGAAGGAGUUUUACUCAAGAAGACUUUUUCUUGGGGUAUUAAGAUGACUGUAUUUGCAAUGAUUAUUGGAGCCUUUGUAGCUGCCAGCUCUGACUUGGCAUUUGAUCUGGAAGGAUAUGUUUUUAUUCUGAUAAACGAUAUACUGACAGCAGCAAAUGGUGCAUACGUAAAACAAAAAUUAGAUUCAAAAGAGCUGGGAAAAUAUGGUCUGCUCUAUUACAACGCACUGUUCAUGAUUCUGCCCACUCUGGCCAUUGCAUAUUUCACAGGAGAAGCACAAAAGGCGAUGGAAUUUGAAGGCUGGGCUGACACCCUCUUUCUUCUGCAGUUCACCCUCUCCUGUGUGAUGGGGUUUAUCUUGAUGUAUGCCACAGUGCUCUGCACUCAGUAUAAUUCUGCCCUUACAACUACAAUAGUUGGCUGUAUUAAGAAUAUAUUAAUAACUUAUAUUGGAAUGGUCUUUGGUGGAGAUUAUAUUUUCACGUGGACAAAUUUCAUUGGCUUAAAUAUCAGUAUUGCUGGGAGCCUGGUGUACUCGUACAUCACUUUCACUGAGGAGCAGCUGAACAAACAGUCAGAGGCCAGUAACAAGCUGGACAUGAAGGGGAAAGGAGCAGUGUAACCAGAGGACUGCUCCAAUUGCGUGUGCCCGUUUCUGAUCAACUCAGAACUCUGGCAGUUCCUACGCAGAUACCGAGAUGAUUAUGGAGAAAAUGCCAUUCCUUUGCACUUGUACAAUCCAAGGAUUGAUUGCUGCCUUUUAAAAUUUUAUGAGAGAAACUUAUAAUUGACUCUAUUUUAAAUAUAUUGUUUGAAUUAAUUUAUAUCAAACUGGAACAUGUACUGGACUUUUUAAUUUAUUUUUCUUCUGUUCUGACAAUGAAACAUCAGUUUUUGAAAAUAUUUUAUUCCAUAGUUCAAUAUCCAGGUGUCCCUGAGAGCUGCAUAUAUAAUGUGCUCCAACUGGAGCCUUAUCAUUCAAAUCAUUGCUGUGUCUGGAGCGGUUUGAUCUUUUGCCAGAAAUGCAGCUGAUCUGAAAUUUCUUUGAAUUUUAUUUCUUAUUGAUUGCAUUAUUUUCACAAAUAUCACAUUUGCCAAAGACAGCAACUUUGGUACUAAAAAAAUACAUGGUGUUUUGGAAUAUAUUGCUUCCUACAUUCACUUUCCUGAGAACUGAUAGGAUGAGUAGAGUGAUUCCUUGAAAAUGUUGUUCCCUCUUUGUUUUGUAGGAUGGGGACAAGGAAGGGAUGGAGGAAAUGGGCAUUGUAUUCAUUUCCUCGUCUCUUUGAUUCAUUCUUCCAACUAAAAUGUAUCGAGUGUAUGUGUCAGGCAUUGUGCUAAGUACUGGACAUCUCUUUGGGGAGGUAAUUGAAAGAUCUUCUUCCUGCCAUAGUGAUGAAGUUAAAGAUGGAGAAUUUAGUUCUCAGUCCAUUCAGAAGACAUUGGGACUAUGAGAAAGUUGUUUCAGCUCUCAGAAACUGCAAAUCUGUAAAUGGGGUUAAAACAACUGCCCUACCUGUCCCACAACAGUGUGAGUCCAGAUGCUGCAAUGUAACAUCAAAGUGAAAAGAUGCAUUUUGUAAACCAGCACAGCUUGGCACUGGCCCCUUCUCUGCAAGGAUGGCAGAUGGGCAAGCUGACCACCACCUCUUUCCUCAUGCCUCCCGCCUCUAGGUUUGGUUGCUCUUUUUAUUUCUCAGAUCAAUAUGACAAGGACCCACAUUUCUGAAUGAUUGAUUUGAGAGGAAAAGCUGGUUGGGAUUUUUGUGUUGUCAAGGUGGACCUUUCUUUGGUAGUGUCAGCAUUCCUCCCUUUUUAAAUGGCAUGAGCAUACCUCUCCUUGGGACACACCCACCUAGAUGCUCUGCCCCACCUUCACUUAAUGAGCUUGCCAGCUUCCCUCAAGUCCAGUACUGCAUCCUGGGACAGUACCUGUGAAAGGGCAUUGCCUGAAUUGCCUCUUGGGGAAGUUAAACACAGUUCCAUGGCUUUGCUCAGAGACAUCCAUUGACUAGAGAUGAGUGUGUUUGCUCAGGCUGGUUGUGCAGUCUGUACCAGAAGCUGGUACUUUUGCCUACUUAUAUACACUAGCUUCUGUUUGAGUUUGGAAACCACUGGGCUCUGUUGACCUCAAACUAUCAGUAUUUUGGUGUCUCAACACGAGACUAAGAAAAUUCUGAUAUUUUUCUUCCUAUUUGAAAAAUUAUAUUGAGUCCAGACUAUAGGCUCACUUUUUUCCAGCAUUAUCUGACCUAAAAAAAUUCCAGUGGGAGAAUGUUGUCUCUUAUUUGUCUCUAUUUUACCAGUUAGAAAAACAAGACCCAGAGAAAAUAGGUGACUUGUUUAUAAAUCAAACUCCAUGUUCUUUCCAUUAAACCAUGCUCCAUUUGUUGAAUUGCCUUUCCAUAAGGAAACAGGGAUACCAAGUGAGUUAGCUUGAACUCUUUUGAAGAGGCAAGUGCUUGAUUGAAUUUGGUGUCAGAGAGAAAUAGACUUUGCAAAUUAGGGAGAGUGACAGGUCACCCUCUCUCAUGGAGUAUUUAUCCAACUUCUAGGCUGAUCUCAGUUGGUAUGUAGUUCAGUUAAUUUAAGAAAGUCAUGUAUAGUUACAGCUCAUGGAAUGCACUAUACCUCAGAGCCCCUGUCUGUGCUGAACUUUCUGACUGACAGAGCAGGUACGGCAGUUCAGAGCUUCUGCCCUGUGUUCUGAUCCUGGGAGGCCUCCUUCAGCUACCACCACCAUUUUAAGAUAAGAGAGAGCAACAUGGGUAAGUUUGAGAUUGAACUUUGAUAUUGAGUGGCUUCGAGAUUGAUUGGCUAGCCACUUUUUGGAGUUUACGGUUUUUGAUUGUUUACAGGCCUGGUAUAAUACAGUGUAGACAUUUGCUUGAUAAUCUGGUAUCUCUUAGUAUGUCUGGAUUUUGCUCCAAGGUUGAUGGGCAAAGAUUCUUUGACCUAUUAGCUUCCUUCUAAGAGGAAAAUAGGCAGUAUAGAGUUAAGUCCUUCAUUUGCCCACCAAGAAAAACUGUGGUAAGAAUUCUGAAAGGAGGUAAUGGCUCCUCUCCUUGAGUUAAUGAAGGUGAAAUUCUCUGGCCAAUCUACUUGUGGUAAAUGUGAGAUAGAUUAGAAUAAUCCUGGUUAGUCAGGCUGCACAUUGCUACUGUGUCACUUAAUUUUAAUUGCUUCAUGUGGCUGUCAACUAUGAGUCAGUCAUUUGUAGCAUCCAACUUGCAUUUUGGUUGAAAAAAAUGCACUGGCAAAUUUUCUGUAAUCCUAUCAUAUCAGAAAUUCGUGAGAGGUUUCAGUCAGUAAAGCUGAGGCAGGUUCUUCACACAAAUAAUGGAAUUUCACAUUUGAUUGACUUGGAAGAGUACCUAGGGCUUUGGGCCUGCCUUUGCUUUCCUUAUCAUGGACUUGUUCAGAGGGUAAAGAUUUGAUGAAUAACUGUUGUAUGUCAAGCGUUUUGCUAAGCUUGGGGGAAUGGAUGAAUAGGACAUGGGUCUUUGCGCUCAAGGAGCAUGUAAUACUUCAGCUGACGGUGGUGGCCUGGACCCAAAUUGAGAGGGAAAGCAGAUAAAAGGAGUCAGUGAUUUGUGAACUAGAGCUGUGUGCACGUUUACCAGGUCACUGAUUCUAGGGUGCCCUUCCUGUAGCAGCUUUUUAAUCUGAGAGGUCUUUUGUAACUCGAAUAAGUCUUCUAGCUUCGAGAUAAGAGACACAACCCUUAGAAUUCUGUGAGUAGCCCGAGUUCCUUGUCAGCUACAAAUAUUCUUGCUUCCCCGUAAGUAUGUAAUACUGGCUCCUCCUAACAAACAAGGCUGUAAUUGAUUUUUCCCUCCCUUUCCCUCCCUGAGGAAAAAACAUUCAUAAUAAGUACGAAUAACUUAGUGCAAUGCCUAGUACCUAUUAGGCACAUAGAAAAUGUGGCUACAGUCCCUAUUUCAUGGUGGAUUGUAGGCAAAAAAAGAUUCUUGUACUCCUUAAAUGAAAAAGACCUGGACAAUGUAUUUCCUGGAAAUCUGACCUUAAUAUGCUUAGAUACCUGUUUCUGUUCACUGUCUUUUCUUUUUUAAAUACCUACUUAAUUUACUUGUGGCCACUGCCUGAUGCAAGUGAUUCUGUUUUUAAAAAGAACAAAGUUACUUUCAUAUUAUGAUGGUAAAUUUCAAAAAAGGAAAGCUGUUUUCUAUCUUAGAGGAAGAUAAUUACAUUUCAUAAUGGUAAUUCAGUUAAAAGUUUCUCAGUUUGUUACUUAACUGUGCAGACCAGACCCUCUUCCUUCCCUUCUCAGAAUGAAUGCCCUCGACUCUGCUGCCUCUGCUUCCAGGCUUGAGCUGUUGGCAUAUGUGCGUCCCUGGCGCCAUUACCUCCGUUUUCUAAACCCGUCUUCCAGUUCUUAGUGUCAGGUUAUCUUUGGUGUUUUGUUGUUGUUAUUGUUUGUGUGUUUUGUUUUAUUAGCUUUGUUUACUUUGAAAAUACUUUUUAAAAAGAAAUCUACUGGUUAGAUUUAUUGUUUCAGAAAAAUGUUUUUAGAAAUUAUUUUGUUCACAAAUAUUUUCUUUAUCUCAUGCUGACGAUCAACUGAUUUUUGUCUACAAAUGUUAGCCUUUCAUAAUAUUUUUCAAUAUAGAUUCUAUUGACUGAUUUAUUUAGUGUUUUUAAAAGGUACUGAGGAUUGCGGUAUGUAAAUCAGGUGACAUAAACAUGAAAAUUAUGUGCCUAAAUAUUUUUGUAAUGGUGUUAAAUAAAUACUUUUUC